UUUGCAGUUGUUACUAAUCUGCUCUUGGGUUGGACUAAGGAGCCUCUAUUUUUAAAAUAAUAUCUUAGAUUAACGAUUAAUGCAUUUCCUGGUUUUCUGGUAUCCAGAUUAAUCAUAGGUAACGUAGUACCUGUCUCUGUGGCACUGACCAGGUAUCCAGAAUCCCUCCACUGGAGCAGCAAAGAAACAAUCUGAAAGAAUGAGAGUAGCCGGGUUUGUAAAGUUUUCUGUGGUGGUUGUAGGAUUUGUAUUGGCCUUGUAUGUUGCUUCUCAAGUUUUUGAAUUCAAAAUGGAUACCAAUUUAGGAAAUAUCUUUGCAAGGUCAGCUGUGUCUCAUUCACAUUCUACAAAACCUCCGAGGUAUAAAUGUGGACUUUCAAAACCCUGUCCGGAGAAGCAUUUUGCAUUCAAAAUGGCAAGUGGGGCAGCAAGUGUUGUUGGGCCAAAGAUGUGCUUGGAAGAUAAUGUGUUGAUGAGUGGUGUUAAGAACAAUGUUGGAAGAGGAUUGAAUAUAGCUUUAGUAAAUGGUAGAACUGGAGAAUUAAUGGAUACAAAGUUUUUUGACAUGUGGGAUGGAGAUGUGAAGCCUUUAAUCGAGUUUCUCAAGACCAUCCAGGAUGGGACAGUUGUGUUAAUUGCCACCUUUGAUGAUGGUGCAACUAAACUUAAUGAUGAAGCACGGAAUCUUCUCGGUGAAUUAGGAAGUACAAAUAUUGCCACCCUUGGCUUUCGGGAUAACUGGAUAUUUGUUGGAGGAAAAGGAAUUAAAACAAAGAGCCCAUUUGAACAGCACAUCAAGAAUAACAAGGAUACCAAUAAAUAUGAAGGCUGGCCUGAGGUCUUGGAAAUGGAAGGAUGCAUCCCCGAGAAAUCUGAUUAAAUUAAGAAUAUAAGAUAAUAUCUUUUUGUUGUACAUUUGUAUAUUUAUAUAGACUGGGUAUGGGUUUAGAUAUUAUUAGUGCUAGCAGCAGUCUUUACUGCAAGGGUUUUAACCAAAUGCAUGAACGUUGCUGUGACAAUUCUGAGCGUCUUUCUGUGUAGGACCCGAAAUAAUGAAGACCUUAAUCCAAUCCAGCUGCAUGCCUUUGUAUCUAACUUUUUAAUUGUGUUUUUAUUUUAAUUCUCUUUACAGCUCCCCUUUUAAUUGCCAUAAAAUGCUAAACUUUGUGAAAAUGUGCAGCAAUCUUGCUUUAGCCAAAUUUUUGUUUUAAGUUAAAUAUGUAACUUUAAAGCAAUGCAUAAGUAUAUCAUAACUAUAGAGUUAGGGUAAACAUUUCACAAUAUUUAUCAGUUAUGUUAAAGAUGGAGCAAAACUAACACCCUUAAUAUGUUCCAUCUUAUGCUUUUUUAAUACUGUGUGUUUUGUAUUGUUUAUUUAACAGUUUAGGACAAUCAUGGUAGCCCAGUCUGUAGAAUAUGUUUGAUUUGUUUGUUGUAUUUCGCUCAGUCAUCCACUGAUGCUCCACUGGGAAAGGAGUAAGUCUCUUCUUGCAUGUUACAUUAGCCACCUACAAACUGAUUGUUUGAUUAGGCUUGCAUUGUGGAAAACCUGUAGGGAUUAAACUGCAUUUUUUGAGGUGCUGGAAGAGAAGGAAGACCCCUAAAAGCACAUUAUUUUGACUUGUUUUGUCCGUACUAUUCAUGAAAUAUUUUCCAAAUAUUUAAACCUUAUCGUAAUUCUAUUGUUUAUUAAAACAGACAGGGUGUGAAUUGGAGUUUACUGGAAUAAAACCAUGUUAAUAAUGCCA